GCACCUAUCCGCUCUUCAGCUGGUUGUUGACGUCUGCUGUAUGGUUGCAAAGAUAUGACAACUUGACGGGGGUGUUUCAGGAGGAAAAAAUUGACGAUGCAAGGACCUCUGAUAUUGACGCUGUUGCUCGCGGUGUGUGUCUGUGGGUUCCCAGAGCAGGGAAUAUGGCAUCUCACCACCAGACCGGGCCUCGAGUACGUUGGAGUGAAGAAGAGCUUGUUCAAGGACAGCCGGAUCAAUAUAAAAGUCACGUGUGAUGUCGUGGACCCCAAUAAACUCUUGAAAAUAAAUAUAUCUUGGAUGUUGAGGAAAACACCUUGUUGGAAUGAGUAUAUUUUUAGUGAGAAUACAGAAAGAGAACUAUUUAAAUCAUACUACAAUAACCCUGAAGACACAGCUGUAUCUGCAGAUUCUCUCAAGUAUGAUGUUGCUUAUGUGAAACCCAGUCCAGUGCUAUAUAACUGUGACAGCACUAUAGUCUUGGACGAAAUUGACAUUGACAAAGCAAUGAUAGUGAAAGCUGAUUCUGAUGCAGUGAAACCUCAUUCAGAGAUUGAUGGAAAAGUGAAGGACACAGAUGAGGAAGAGGACACUCCAGUGACUAAAGAUUCUCGCAAUUUAACAGCUGAAAUCAGCCCUGGGGGUUUUCGCAGCACCAACCAUCCAGUCGCUGUUGUGCACAACGAUGGUGUUUAUCUGUUGGUUGUGCAUACCAGUGCUGAAUUAAGCCCUCCAGAAAAUGUAUCAUAUGUUGCAACUAUUGAUAUUGAAAUGCAAAGUGACUAUGGAUAUCUCUCAGCUGUUGAUUGGCCACUUCUUGGAUUCUAUGCUGCAAUGUGUGUGGUAUAUUUGGUGUAUGGUAUAGCCUGGCUCAUCAUGUCUGCUAUACGCUGGCGGGAGUUGCUGAGGGUUCAGUACUGGAUUGGAGCCGUCAUUUUCUUGGGGAUGCUGGAGAAAGCUGUUUUCACAGCGGAAUACAGCAGCAUCAACAAGCGAGGCUUCAGUGUGUCUGGGCUGAUCAUCUUUGCCGAGCUAGUUUCUUGCGCAAAGCGGACACUAGCACGGAUGCUCGUCAUUAUAGUUUCUUUGGGUUUUGGUAUUGUCAAACCUCGGUUGGGCAUUGUUCUUCACCGUGUAGUUGGAGUAGGCCUCCUGUAUUUUAUUUUAGCAAGCAUUGAGGGUUGUACCCGGGCUCUCCAAUCCAGAAUCGACCCUCAUCGGCAGGUUCUACUUGCAUCCUUACCACUGUCCCUGCUAGAGUCUGCCAUCUGUUUUUGGAUCUUCACUGCCCUAGUCCAGACAACACGCACCCUCCGCCUCAGGCGUAACUUGGUGAAGCUCUCGCUUUAUAGACAUUUCACCAACACACUUGCGUUUGCUGUAGUGGCUUCUGUUAUCUUCAUGCUUUGGUCAAUCAGGUAUCAUCAGUUUGAGGCAUGCCUGACUGAUUGGAAGGAGCUGUGGGUAGAUGAUGCAUAUUGGCACGUCCUCUUUGCCAUUGUCCUGCUGGUGAUCAUGGUUCUCUGGCGACCCUCCAAUAAUAAUCAGCGCUUCGCAUUUACACCAUUGUUAGAUGAUGGUUCUGAUGCUGAUGAUGAGGAAGAGUCUGAGAAGCUGAUGGCAGAUGUUUCGGACACAAUGAAGCUAAGGAACACGCGCACUUCUACUACGUCUUCUCCACGAGAAUCCCGUUCUGUGGAAGAUGACUUGAAGUGGGUAGAGGAGAACAUCCCAUCAUCCCUUGCAGACACUGCACUUCCCAUCCUUGACUCAGAUGAGGAAAUUGUUACUUCAAAGUUUGAGGUCUCCAAAAUGCAGUGAUGACAACAAAUAUCAGUGAUUCAAGUCCAUUCCAAUAAGUCCUUUUCCUUAUUUGUGAGUGUGUGUAUGUGUAUGUGAUUGUUUAUACUGUGGAAUACCCACAUUUUCUUAAUAACAAGAUCUGUGCUUUUGAAUAGAUUGAUUGUGUGCAUGACUGAAAUAUAUUUAUUUUGUGUUCUGGUAGUGUUCAUGGGCAUAAGAUUCCUUCCUUACAUAAUUGUCUACUGAGUUAGAGUAGUAAGUUUUUUGUAUAUAGUCCAUACUAUUUUUAUACUAAAAGAACAUGCUUGCUUGGAGGUAUAAGGGUUUAUGAGGCUUUAAUGUGCUGUGCACUUUCCCUAGCCCAACCACUUGGGCUGGACGGUCGAGCGACGGUCUCUCUUCAUGCAGGUCAGCAUUCAAUUCCCAACCGUCGAAGUGGUUCCUGACCCCGUCCCAUCACUAAUCCUUAUCCUGACCCCUUCCAAGUGCUAUAUAGUCAUAAUGGCUUGGUGCUUUCCCCCUGAUAGUGUGUCUCUCUCUCUAGCUAUAUGUCCUAGUGUAAUGUUAGCAUUCUUGACGUAUUAGAGGAAUGUGUAUACAGAUAACUAGCACUGUCUGCGUCAUUCGUGAGCUGUCAAGAUUAGCAAAUAGGUGACAGCUCAUGAACUAUGCUGACUAAUUAUUAUGAGUUACAUUUUCUAUUACUUACAAGUUGUAUGGAAUGGUCUUUAUAUGGUGAAAAUAAAACUAUAUCCUGUAAUUGGAAUAACAUUGAUUUUUUGUUUAUUGAAUUUUAUUUAUUUAGAAUUUAGGUUAGUUUAUUCAGAGAAUAAUAAUUAGUGGUUAGUAUUGUAGCUAAAAAAAAAAAAAACUGUAGGUAAAUUUUUUUACCUGGUUCAGUACUUGUACUUAAUGAUAUGUUGGUAAAAUGAAAUGUAUAUCACUUGGUAAAAUUGUCAGUUUUAAAGAGCAUAACCCUGCUGAUAAUUCUUGUUGUUCAUUGUGCGAACAUGCUGCCAGUGAGUAGAUGUACGCAGUGAAUAUAUGUCACUAAGAUUUUGGCCAUCAGUUGUUGCUUUUAAUUUGUUUAUAUAUCCUUAUUAGUGGAAGACAGGCGGUUCCAAAUACCGUAUCAAUUUCUUAUUCCUUUUGUCAUCAAGGGGAUCUGACAGCUGAAUGGACAGCACUCGGGAUUCGUAGUCCUUAGGUUCCGGGUUCGAUCCCCAUUGGAGGAGGAAACCAAUGGAUAUUUCUUUCACCCCUGAUGCACCUGUUUACCUUGCAGUAAAUAGGUAUCUGGGAGUUUGACAGCUGCCACGGGCUGCUUCCUGGAGGUGUGUAUAACGAAAAGGAGGCCUGCUUGAGGACCGGGCCGCGGGAAUGCUAAGCCCCGAAAUCAUCUCGAGAUAACCUCAAGAUACUGUAUCUCUACAUUGAACGCGAGACUUUCGUGCAGUAGCAUUCAACAUUAGUAUGGAAAUCAAAGC